GAUCACACAAAGCCACAUUAUUAUUGUUAUCAUUAUACUCGAGAGUAACUGAUCACCAAACAAAAAGAAAAGACCACUUACACCAUAUGGAAAGAUCAAGAAGGAGCUGGGAGAUGUGGAUAAUGGCGGCGUUCCUCCUCCUAGGGUCUGGGAACUCGGAUCUUGCUCAAGACAGAGCCGAGUGUUCGGAACAGCUGGUGGGGCUUGCCACGUGUCUUCCGUACGUCGGAGGAGAAGCGAAGGCCCCGACAAGAGAUUGCUGCGCUGGUUUCAAGGACGUAGUCGACAAGAGCCGCAAGUGUAUAUGUAUUCUCAUCAAAGAUCGCAAUGAUCCUCAGCUCGGCCUCAAGAUCAAUGCCACCUUAGCCGUUCUUCUCCCCACCCUUUGCCAUCAGUCUUCUCCUAAUAUCUCCGCCUGUACCUCUCUUUUGCAUUUACCCCCAAACUCACCAGAGGCUAAGGAGUUUGAGAGCUUAGGAAAGAUAGAGGGAAACGCCAACUCCACUUCCUCAUCACCUAAGCCCAAAGAUGUGAAAGGGGCAAGAGAGGCGCAAGGAGCAGAAGCAGCGUCGGAGAAGAGUAACGGAGACAAGAGAGAGAGUUGGUUGGCCGUUUUCACCUUAAUUCAUGCUCUCUUCCUCUCUCACCGCUUCACUACUCUCUUUUAUUAAUUAAUAACAUGCAUGGCCCCAUCUCCAUGAUACCAUAUCCCACCACAUGCAUGCAUGCACACACACACACGCAUAUAUAUGUAUGUAUGUAUAUGUAACAUGUAUGCAUGCAACUGUUUCAUCUGUAUCUGUUCUUUUUAUUCUUGACUAGGUAAUGACCCGCGCGAAUCGCGCGGGCUGAAUAUUUACGAAUUUAAAUAAUUUUUA